AUGGUUAUCCCAUUCCUGAUGGAAAUAGCGUUUGAGCAGCCGCCGCCGGAUCUGGCCUCGUUCCUUUACAAGAACAUUAUCAUGUACCUGGGGAUGUGCCUUGUGUCGUUGGUCACGGAGAUCAUGCUUGCGGUUGCGAAGUUUCUCUACCUUCAGUACGAGGACGCGGACAAGCUCAUCUACAUGUACAUCAAAACUCCACCGGCUACCAAGACCGGUGCUUCUGCUCCACCUAUGGCUAUGAUUGUUGCUACACAAAGGAGUGUGUCUCCAAAACCUACUUCUAGACUUGAUAUAGUUAAUGAUUAG